AGUUAUUAAAAGUUUUAUUUGACUUUUUGUUGUUUAAACACAAAUAAAAAGCACACAUUUUCCUAAAACAAUGAAAUUACUUUUGUUUUUAGUUUUGAUUUUUUCAUUUGACAUCUAUUUGACUACCAGUGCCCGGACUGGGAUCGCCAUAUUCAACAACACGGCCAGUGGCAUACAGGGUGCGCUGACAAUGCACCGGAACCCAGGUCUGGGCACUUACCUCAUGGGCCAACUCAGGAAUAUUAGUUGUUUUAACAUGACUUCCGCUACGAGGACCCCAUCAAAGGCGGCCGUAAACAACUGUAUGUUAGGCAUAACCGUCAAUAAUUGGCGUAACGCAGCCCAAGGGGAAAGGGAUGCUCUGCAAUCGGGGGCACUGCCCCGUAGCCUGUUUAACAUGACUGAACUGGAAAGCCGUCAAAUAUUCGGAAUCAAUACAUCGGACAUACAUCUGCCGAAUAUUCGUGAGAUUCUGUCGGGAGGUCUGAAUCCUAUUCAGAAUUUGUUUCCGUCGACGACCGCCAAUAACACCAAUAAUAACCGGUCGGUGAACAACACCUGUCCCAAUGUGGGCGAUGUCUAUAACCCCAGACGUAAUAUGGUUGGGGGGCCCCUUGGCUUUCUCAACCCUCCCGGUGUGAUGGGAAACCUACUGGUUAACAAUGGAACUGGAUCAUUAUUAAUGGGACCGUUGGAGAUGUUGACAGGCGGUCCCCUAAACAUUACAGGACUGCCUAUUACUGUAUGGAUGGACUCACUUCGACCACAGCUUACCGGAAAUAGUCUUACUCUACAAAACGGUGGACCCGAUAGGAUUCUGGACUGCUCCCUAAUACAACCAUUGAAUUGA